AUGUCGGUGCCACCGAUAGCAGGUGCCCAGCAGUUUGCUCCAUCUCUGGUGUCACACUUUAACAUUCCCCCGCCGGGCUUUGCGGCUGCCGGCGGUGGAGCGGUCGCGCCUGCAGCAGGCCCGGGAUCUGUUGCUACGGCCGUAGCGCUUGUUGCCGCAGCCAACGGAUCGGUGAUAGAUGCUAGUACCGUACCAGCGGCGCCCGGUGCUCCGUUAGUGCAACCUGCGGCAAUCGUGAACGAAUGGUCCGAGCACAAGACACCCGAGGGCCGCACGUACUACUACAACAGUAUCACCAAGCAGAGCUCCUGGGAGAAACCGGAAGAUCUGAAAACACAAGCGGAAAAGCAACUAGGACUGUGCCCCUGGAAGGAAUACCGAUCCGACUCGGGUAAACUGUACUAUCACAACACGGCUACGAAGGAAUCGCAAUGGGUAGCACCGCCUGAGUAUGUGGAGCUCAAGGAAAAGGUGGCCGCAGAGCAUGCGGCCGCUGAGGCUGCUAAAGCGGCUGCCCUCAAAACUUCCGCUAUGGCGAGCAGCAUGCUAAUGCAGUCCGUCGUUUUGCCAGUUGUUUCUCCGGCCAUUUCGAAUACCCCCGUGGCGUCGAGCAACGCGGCCAGCGUUGCUGAUAUGCCUCUGGGAUUGGGAGCGUUGUCAGGUGUUACGCCUGGAUCCGCCGAAAACUCGUCCUCUGCCCUGGAUCAAGCGAUGGCAGCGACGUUAGCCGCAAUUGAAGUUCCGGAUGAUCCGAUCGAAAAGCGAGAUCCGGAAUCGCCACCAGGGCAGACCGACGACGAGCCGGUCGUGGAGUUUAAAGACAAAAAGGAAGCGAUCGAGGCAUUCAAGGAGUUCCUGAAGGAAAAAAACAUUCCCUCGAGCUCGUCCUGGGAGCAGUGCGUGAAAAUCAUCCAAAAGGACCCAAAGUUUAACGUGUUUAAAAAGCUGAGCGAAAAAAAGCAAGCCUUCAACGCGUACAAAACACAAAAGCUGAAAGAUGAGCGCGAAGAGCAGCGGUUGAAAGCGAAAAAGUCCAAGGAGCAGCUUGAAAAGUUUCUCAUGUCGUCGGACAAAAUGAACUCUGCGCUCAAAUUUUAUCGCUGUGACGAGCUAUUUGCCAAUCUGGACGUGUGGAAAUCUGUCCCGGAGCAGGACCGGCGCGACAUUUACGAUGAUUGUAUUUUUAAUCUGGCCAAGCGGGAAAAGGAAGAAGCAAGGGUCAUGAAAAAGCGAAACAUGCGUGUCUUGGGUGAGCUGCUUGAGGCGAUGACCUCCGUUACCUACCAGACGACCUGGUCCGAGGCACAAGUGAUGCUGCUGGAAAGCGCCUCGUUCAAGAAUGACGUCAACCUGCUGGGGAUGGACAAGGAGGACGCACUGAUCGUGUUCGAGGAGCACAUCCGCGGGCUGGAGCGCGAAGAAGACGAGGAGAAGGAGCGCGAAAAGAAGCGCAUGAAACGGCAGCAGCGGAAAAAUCGAGACCAAUUCCUCGCACUGCUCGACACGCUGCACGAGGAGGGAAAACUCACGUCAAUGUCGCUAUGGGUAGAGCUGUAUCCGCUCAUAUCGGCCGAUCUGCGGUUCUCGGCCAUGCUCGGGCAACCCGGCUCGACGCCGUUGGAUUUGUUCAAGUUCUACGUCGAAAAUCUCAAGGCUCGAUUCCACGACGAAAAGAAGAUCAUUAAAGAAAUUCUCAAAGAGAAGGAGUUUGUGCUCGUGCGGACGACGACGUUCGAGGAUUUCGCGACGGUAGUGUGCGAGGAUAAGCGAUCGGCCACGCUGGACGCUGGAAAUGUAAAACUUACGUACAACUCACUCCUUGAGAAGGCAGUCGCUGCAGAAAAGGAACGACUAAAGGAGGAAACGCGCCGCAUACGAAAGAUGGAGAACGAGCUGAAGGGUGUAUGGAUUGAGGCCGGUCUCUCCGGCGUGGACAGUUGGGAUACGGCCCAGAAGCUUGUAAUGGAUCGCGAUGUGUACGAUCUGUACGAGAAAGAGGACAAAGUGGAGCGGUUGUGGGAAGACUACGUCAAGGAAACGGAAGACUCGUGUAGCCACCACCAUUCGCGAUCGAAAAAGUCCAAGAAGAGUCGAAAGCACAAGAAAAAGUCUCCUUCGUCUUCGAAAUCGCUAUCGGAUGGGUCGGAAGUGGAGUAUGAAAAACCGUUGUCGAAAAAGAAGCGUACAUCCCGCUCCCGGACCUCACUGACCGCCAGCGAGCUCUCGGAAAGCGAGCAUGAGUUACACGAGGAACCACUGCACCACCAUAUCGACCAUCACGGGGGUGAGCGGCCGGAUCGGAAGCGAAAGAAGAAGAAAAAGCACCAUCGCAAACUGUCCCGCUCGCCUUCGUACCAAGAGAUGCUGAUCAUGGAGAAAAAUGGUGCCUCGCGAUCGCCGUCGCCGUCACUGGAGAUCGAGAAGAAAAAGAAAAAGAAGGACAAAAAGAAGAAAGAUAAACGACGAUCAUCCCGAUCGAUCAGCCGCGCUAGCAGCGACCGGAUCCGUAGCCCGCUGGAAGAGGGUCGGCGUAGUCGCGGCGGUAGCAGAUCAUCGAAAAUGGCGGACGAUGCGGCUCUCAGCGAAUCGGAGCUGGAAUCACAACGUGCGGCUCUUCUGGCGCAGCUUAACGAGCAAAUGGACGAGUAGCACAGAAAGACCAGAAGACGGGCGCUCAGGUCACACAGGACAGGGUACCGUAAAUGAUAAAUACAACCGUUUGUCUCGCGUGGCGACGGAGAGUGUAUAUUGUACCGAGGAAAAGUCCAUAAAAAUCCUACACAAUCGAAAAUACAAUGGUAUUUUGUUGCUUUUAAAAUCGACUACAAAAAUGCUCGGAAAAGAAAUGUGCGCAAAAAUGCUCGUGGAGCAAGAAGUGAUGUCCCGCAAACGGAAGAAAUGUUGGGAAAGUUCGUCAGCCUUGCUCGGGUGGUUGCGGGUCAUGCCCGUAGUGCCAUUCAGUGCUAGAUAUCUUCCUCGAUCGGUUUGUAAUCCGGGAGCAGUUCCCAAAUUUUCAUCCUCCAUCGUUGGCGGCGCAUUUCGGUUUCUUUUUCGAUGCGUAAUAUUAUAUGCAGACGUUGCCAUCGCUCGAACACCUUCCAUUUCAGUUGCCUACGAAAGAGAGAGAAUCAGGGCUAGAUUAGGCCUACCGUGAAUAGAAUGAAUUGUAAAAACAGGUUUAAUGUAACGACUUA